AUGGAGAACAGUAUCAGCGACAGCGGUGAGGCCAGUGGAAGCUCGAAGAGUCGAAGCAGCAGCGUGGACUCUGCGCGCGCCGUAGCCACCGCCCGUGCGUACGACACCGCUGCUAUCGCCAUCAUUCCUGGUCUCGUCGUGCCACUCACGAGCGCCUCCUCCAAGGGUGGUUGUGCGGCCCUCGCGUCUGCCGUCGCCUCUCUCGAAGCAUUGGCCAACACGGUGAACACAGUGCUGGACCGGCUGGACAAGGCAGCAGCGUCGCAGCAGCGGCGUCUCAACGCCGUUCAAACACGCAUCAGCACCUGUGCCGAUUUCGUGGACUGCUUGCGAGGGCGACGCACAUCCACGUUGCUGGAAAGCAAACCUCGAUACCCUCAGCCCGCGCCGCUCAAGUCCCGCAGCGCCGGGGGCGGUGUGAGAGCGAAGGCGGUCAAGUCGAAGUGGGGCGCGCAGGACGGCGCGAACGCCGCUGCUAUCAUCAUCAGCGGCGUCCCCUCAGCGGUCAGCACGGCUCACAGUCAUCGCUUCCUGCGGCCACGCCGCUCCUCCCCGCUGCCGCCGGUUGCGCCGAGCUCCUGCAGCGGGUCCACCACUGACAACUCCGACGACGAUGCAGCACAGCAGCCGUCCUACCAGCCGCCGAUGCGCGCUGUUCCAGUUGUGUCCGCGCUCGCUGACUCCGAGCGCGCCAACGCCACGGCACACCGCGGUUUAGCUCGGUGUGGCGGCAGCGACAGUGUUGUCAGCAGUCCUGCUCCACCCGUGAACGCUGUCGCUGCCAUGCGGCUGGCAGAGUCCAUGCCACUGGAGACGGUUCUCUUGGAAGGUGAGGACAGUGGCGCCGUGACGGCAGGGCACGGCGGCCGCAGCGAGGCAGCUGCGGGGGACUUGAACGGGAGGGGUACGUUGGUGAACGCAGCCUCGCCGCAGUCAUCUUCCUCCUCCGCACUUGCCUGGCAACCUCGCUGUCUGCCGGCCGUGCGAGGGGGGCAGGUCAUGCAUAACGCGAGCGAGAUGCCCGGCACUCUCAGCGCCCUUGUGAGCUUCCCGGCACGCCGGGUGGCUUACCGGCAUCUGGUGGCAGCAAGCGGCAGCAACGGUGGCAACGCGAUUGCGUCGGUGCAGCGUGGCGCUCCCAUCUACAGAGACCCUUACAGCAGCCCCACAGGGCUUUCGGCGACGGCACGGUCGACGAUGACGACGUGGCUGCACAGCACCAGCACGGUGGACAUUCAAUGCGACUUCACUACGCCGAUGCAGGCGCAGCAGUAUGCCUUCAUCCCCGGUGGCGACGCCGCGGCAGCUUCAUCGCGAGCCCUGUUGCGGGACAUGCCGCGGAAUCUGCCGCUUCAGCACUUGGCUACCGUGCGGCGCUGGGACCAACGUGGCGGGGGUAGGCGAGGCCGCACUGGCAGUAGCACUGGUUCCGAAGUCGACGACGACGACGACGACGAAGAGCGCGACGAUGACGGUGGUCCCCGGCAGAAACGCCGUGCGUCGCGUCGGGGUCCGCGCAACUUUGAGACAAUCGCCCCUGGCCAAGAGCAGCGACAGCGACGGGCUCGUCGGCGUCACGCUGUCAGUGACGGCAGCACGGCAUCAGAGGGGAGUGACGACGAUACGGGGGCCGCGGCCCGUGCUGUACACCGCGGGCGUGAAAGCGGUCGAGCGAGGCCCAAGCAACAGCAGGCUCGCGAGACCCCUACCCAGCCCGCUACCACCGCACUCUCCGCUCCGCCUGCUGCGCCUCCGUCGCUGGGACCACCGCCGCCGCCAGGGGUAACGCGCUCCACUACGGCGCCGCCACCGCCGCCGCUCCCGCCGCCGGCGUUGCUGCAAGGCAAGCCGCGCCCGCCAAUGUCUCCGCUCGGCGGUGGGGGGGCCGCUCCUCCGCGCGUGCCACCACCGCAACCACCGCCGCCGCCGCCACCACCACCACCAGCGUCGAAGUUGUUGUCAGAGCUGAAGUCUGCCGUCGGAAGUCGUCCGCCACCGCCACCGCCACCACCGCCGCCGCCCUCGUCAAAGCUGUCUGUUGGUGCGAAGCCAGGCGGCGGUCUUGUAGCUCCACCUGCCGCGACACGUGCGCCCCCUCCUCCUCCCCCUCCCCCUCCCCUACCACCUCCGUCACAGAAGUCUGCAGUCAGUGCCCUGACUUCAAUGCUGGGCGUGCGGCGCAGGGUCCUGCAAGGCGACGACUCGAGCAGCACCAGCAGUGACAGCGGUAUCGCCAACGACACGUACAGCGGCGCUCACAAGAGGCAAGCAGACAGCUCGGACUCGUCUUCAUCGUCGACGCCUCCGCGUGCCAAUCCUACCGCGCGAGGUCGCAUGGUCAGUUCCGCAGCGCCGCGGCUGCCGCCACCGCCGCAGCUGGCCGGCGGCAGCUCCUCAAGCAGCGACGACAGCGACUGA